AAAAUGGAUUCCGUUGCCGCGAAAACCUCUGCAUUUCCUCUGUUUUUCUUUCUGUCUCCCCCCUUUCAUCUUUUUCUGCUCUCAAAAUUUUACAAAUUACAAAAAGUUCCAUUAAUUUCUCAACCUUAUUAAUCUCAUCCCGAUUCAGUGCAGAGUUAUGAUUUAGAACUUCAAACUAAUUUAAUCGAUUUAUUCUGAGAAGCAGUGGCUAAAUCAUGUCAUCUCCGGUAGCAAGAACAGGGAGACACAGACAGCGUUAUGAGAACAAUGUUCGUCUUGUUUCUGGAUGUAUUCCUUACAGAAUAAGGAAAGAUGCCAGUGAUACGGAUCACAGGAUAGAAGUAGUCAUGGUUUCUUCCCCUAAUCGAACCGAUUUCGUCUUUCCUAAGGGAGGAUGGGAAGAUGAUGAGACUAUGUUUGAAGCUGCUUGUCGAGAAGCGAUGGAAGAAGCAGGAAUUAAAGGAAUACUCAGAGAAGAGCCUUUAGGAGUUUGGCAUUUCAGAAGCAAGAGUAAAGAAAAUCUAUGCAGCCUGGAAGGAGGCUGCAAAGGAUUCAUGUUUGCUUUAGAAGUCACUGAGGAGCUCGAGACCUGGCCCGAACGAGAAAAUCGCGACAGGAUAUGGCUAAACAUAGACGAUGCAUUUAAAUUCUGUCGGUAUGAAUGGAUGCGAGAAGCACUCGAAAAGUUUCUGAUAGUAAUGGAAGACGAAAACAAAGCUGAGAGACUGGAAGAGAUGGUGGAAAUCUCUUCUGUAUCAGUUUCAGAAGUUGUUGCAGACUGUCAAAUAUUGACAGCAAACUGCUAUAUAAAACCUGUGAAAUGGGCAGUGCAAUGGAAUGAAUUCCCCGACUUAAUUUUCCUGGAGAAUUCGUCGUGAAGUGCGGAAUCCUGAUCUAGCUCUUUCUCUGCGCGCAGUAGAUUGUUGCAAUCUUAAAUUAGAUUGUGAAGUGGAAUCAUCUAUCUGUAUUUGAUUUCUGUAGCAGACAUUUUCCUAUUUCUAAAUUUAGGCAUGUAGUAAUGUGACAACUAGUUAUGUAUGACUUGGUAAGAAGCUUGAAAUGCAUGAUCUUGUCUAUAA